AUGGAGCUGAACAUGGUGUGCUAUACUGUUGCGAUUGCCGUGGCCUGUCUCCUGACUUCAAAGCCUCUCCUGCUUGCCUCUGUCUUCUGCCAGAGGCUCUUCCUCGACCUCACGCUUCCGUGGGUCGACAAUGUGUAUCGCCCACCCGCAGAAUCAACCUAUUCGCCCCAACUCAGCCAGCUCCGAGAAUGCGGCAUAGCCUUGUCAGUGUCGGCUUUGUGGCUCACGUUGGACAUUGCCUAA